AUAACAUUACAGGAUAGAUCAAGAGGAGGAAGAGAUUUCUGAAAUCAAAAUGUCGAUCAGUUUUGUAAAACAUCGAGAUGCCUUGAUGAAAGCAUACAAGGACGUCUGUAGUGACAAAUCAUCCACAGACUGGGCUGUUUUUGGCUACGAAGGAAAAACAUAUGACUUGAAGGUAGAUGACACGGGAGAGGAUGGCAUUGAGGAGAUGGCAGAUACCAUGAACUGCGCCAAGAUCCAGUAUUGCUUCUUGAGGGUCAUUGACCCUAACAGCAAUCUACAUAAGAAUGUACUCAUCAACUGGAUCGGUGAUGGAGCCCCCGUUUCCAAGAAGGGAACCUGUGCAAGACAUGUCCAAGAUGUCGCCAACUUAUUCAGGGGAGCCCACGUGACCGUAAAUGCUCGCUCAGAAGAUGACAUCGACGAGGAUAGCAUCUUAAAACUGGUGGCCAAAUCUUCCGGCUCCAACUAUGGCUUCCACAAGGAGAAGCCAACGGGAGAUGUUGGGCAGACAGGACCAGUGGGAUCCGUCUACAAGAAGACCAACGCAGCCAUGGAAAUCAAGUCAAAGAGGAGUGAUAAAUUCUGGCAAGAUACAGAGAGUGAUGAGAAGAACCGUGUCAAGCAAGAGACGGCCAAGAAACAGCAAGAACGUGACAUCAUUGAUAAGGAGAGAGUGGAGAGAGAAAAGAGGGAAGGCGCUGAACGCGAGAAAAGAAUGGCAGAGAAAAUGAAAGAUGUUGAGGGUAGAAAGAGACAAGAACAGAGAUCACAUGAAGAAGCUGUCAAGGCAGAACAGUCAAGAUGGGAAAACAAACAGGAAUCAGAUGCAGCUCCUACACGAAGGACAGGGCAAUCAGAGGAGAGGAAAAAGGAAAUGGCAGCAAUGAUAUCUCAGAGGAAGCAGAGCUCUUCAGAGCCGGUCACAGAAGACCAGGAAGCCCCACCCCCAGUAUCACGUGCUCCCGCCGUCAGACCUCCUGCUGCCAGACCUCCCAUGCCUGUCCCUGAGCCGGAACCAGAACGGGAACCGGAACCAGAACCAGUAUGGGAACCAGAACCAGAACCGGAACAUGAGCCGGAACCUGUAUACGAACAGGAACCAGAACCAGAACCAGCAUACGAGCCCGAGCCAGAACCUUAUUCAGAUCCGUAUCAAGACCAGGUUCAGACCGAGCAGGAUCAGUACCAACCAGAAGCCCAGUCGGACCCAUACCAGGACCAGACGCCAGCCCAGGAUCCUUACCCAGAGGAACCUGAACAAGAACUUUAUGAAAACCAAGAAGCAUUGCAGGGCCAGGACCAGGACCAGGGCAUGACAGCGAGGGCUCUCUACGACUACCAGGCCGAGGAUGAUACAGAGGUGACCUUUGACCCCGGUGACAUCAUCACGCAGAUUGAGCAGAUCGAUGAAGGGUGGUGGAGGGGGCAGGCCCCCAGUGGCGAGUUUGGUCUUUUCCCAGCAAACUACGUGGAGCUCAUCUGAGGAUGGUCCUAGAGGUCCUAUUUCACAAAGCCCUUUCUUAAUGACAAAUGACAAGAAUCAGUGACAAAUCUGCUGAUGACCAAUCAGAAGCAAGGAUUUCAGUAGCUUAUAACAAAAACUGUCAUUUGUCACUGAUGAUUAGUUCUGUGAAACACCCCCUGGAGAGGUCCAUCCGUGUGUCUUGAGGAUCGUUGAUACA